UGACCACGAGCGAUCACGGCUGAUUUCGAUUGUUCGAAAGGUUUACGUUACGCGUCUCUUUUUCCUUUCUAACCUAAAAAACGGAAAUGGCUGAAUCGGAGCAAGAUUUUGGAGAUCGCGGCGACAACGAGAAUCUGAAAACGGACAAGCUGUUCAUCCUGAAAAAAUGGAACGCUGUAGCCAUGUGGAGCUGGGACGUGGAGUGUGACACCUGCGCGAUUUGCCGCGUUCAAGUAAUGGAUGCGUGUCUCCGGUGUCAAGCGGAAAGCAAGAAGGAUUUCUACGGCCGACAGCAGGAUUGCGUGGUCGUUUGGGGAGAGUGCAAUCAUUCGUUCCACUACUGCUGCAUGUCUCUUUGGGUGAAGCAGAACAACCGUUGCCCUCUGUGCCAGCAAGAGUGGUCUAUUCAACGAAUGGGAAAAUAACUAAACCACGAAGACGAAAUACUCAGCUCUCUUCCCUCUACACUACACCUACACUCUAUUCUUUCUAGAUUCGUUCGUCUUUACCCUGUAUCCUCGUUUCCCUUCCUCUGUCUUUUUAUUUCUCCUUGUUCACUUCCUCCCCUCGUACCAUAUUUCUCUCUCACUGUCACUCUCGAUUCCUUGUUUUUUUCUUCCUAAAAUUCGUAGAAUUGUUGGCACGACUGUUCGAAUAGUUCUGCGAGAUGACAUCGCGUUAAAAAUCUGCGGUUGCGUGAAAUCUCGAUUACGAAGGAGGUACAAUUGCAUCGGCUUUCAAGAUUAAUACCAUUCAUUAAAAGAAAAUUUAUUCUUAGAAAGUUCUUUCUCCCGAUCGUUCCGAGCCAUUCGAUUGAUGAAGUUUAUCUCGCACACCGCCUAAUAUGAAACAUUAUCUCCGAAGAAUUUUGCGAGAAACACUGGUUUCGCUGUGAAACACGAUGAACGAGUAAAAAAAAAAGACGAUCCACGUCGUGAGUUGCACGUUCUUACGUUGUAAUCCCAGAGCCCAAAGUUCAAUCUGUCUGGCUUCGCGCUAUCGAGAGUCGCGAGAUUGUUCGAUUUUUGAUGGUAUCGCAAUUUUUUGUACAGAAAAAGGAUUGCAUCAUCGAUACAAUCCAGCUCACCGAAAGUGUCAACGAAAGAAAAGUUCAAUGUCCCUUUAUUGUAAUUGUAAUCAAAUAUCUAGUGCUAUUCGAGCAUGCAGUGGGGUGGUCUUUUCAGGUCUCGUAUUUUCUAGAAUACGAAAUCGUCACGUAAUUUGUACCGACCACAUAGUGUCGAAACGACGACCAUACCAAAUUUAUAUGCAUAUUCUAUUCGAUCGAUGGUGUUAGCCUUUUUCGUGGAAUUCGACUGGAUUGUGCCGUGUUGCACGACUAUGAACCUCAGUUGAGGCAUGCGAUGAGCAAGUAUAUAAUUGCGGUCCGAGUCCGAAUACUCGAAGGUCGCUCCUUUCUUCUCCUCUCUUCUCCCACAGCAUGCCCUCUUCACUUCUUUUCUCUUUUUUCCUCUGUUGGCGUUCCUACUAUUUCCAUCCCGUUUGGCUUGUUUUUUCCUUUUGGUCGCGUUGUAUGCCCACCGGCAGUCCGCUUUUCUCAGAGCGGCACCAACAGUGCCUGACUGGCAUUACGUGUCGUCACAAGCGUGGAGGCUCGACCGGAGGCUCGACCAAUCGCAUCGUAGAAGGGCAUAACUGCCUUCCCGUGUAUUUAUGACCUCGCAGUUGCCGCCACCACUUCUUUCCUCUCUUCCAUCUUUCUCUGCUCUCUAUCCGCUUGCCCUCUACCUCUACCUUUCCGGACACACGCUUA